GACUCACUUGCCAGCCUCGUCUAGAAUGUUUGUCAAUUCAUUUUCAUAAUCUUCACACCAGCUACGCGCCAAUUUAUAAUCACAAUUAGUCAUAAAAUUUUAUUGUAUGUGUGUGUGGAGGUGUUUGGUUAUUAAAAAGCUUGUAAAUAUUAAAAUUUAAAUAAAUAAUAUUUACAUUUGUUCGGUCAUCAAUAUUUGCACAACUGAAUUUAGUAACACUCAGAGCUUCUUCGCAAGCGCAGCGGCGACGCGUUAGAUAUUUGACCAGAAUAACGGGGUGUGAAUUUCAACAGCAAUAAAAAAUCAGUUGCGUCAUGCGAAAAGUUAAUAAAAUAUUUCCGUUACUAUUUUCUUUAAUUUUCACAACUUUACCGUUAUCCCGAACAUUCUCUACACAAUAUUACGGUAAUACCAGGCAUCCAGUUCUUCCAGCCCACUGUUACUAUGAGGAAUUGGAGCUAGCAGUACCAGUCAAUGAGACCCUCUAUCCCACAGAUAUUGAAUUUCACUGCAUAACGGUCACUUGCCGGCAUGAUUACGUGCUGAUAAUAAAGCACUGUGACCGUUAUCUGCUGCGACACGGUUGCACCGAGCAGCCACCCGACUAUAGCCGGCCUUACCCUAAUUGCUGUGUUCAAAUUAAAUGUAUUGAUUAAAUUGCAUGAAGAUAGAUAUACAUAAAUGUCAUAUAUGUAUAAGAAAUAAUUUAUAGAAGUCAAUAAACAAAAGUAUUUGUUUUUCUAAUUUU